AUGAUCUAUGCCGACUUUACCGCUUCCGGCCGUAGCCUGCGCUUUGUCGAGGACUACCUGCACGACAAGGUCAUGCCACUCUAUGCCAAUACCCAUACCGAAGCAAGCGUCACCGGUCGGGUGACCACCGAGGCUCGAGAGGAAGCCCGUCGACUCGUGGUGGAGGCCUGUGGGGGCAACACCAACGAACACGCCGCCAUCUUCACGGGUUCAGGCUCCACCGCCGCCAUCUACAAAUUCAUGGGCCUCAUGAACCUCAUGCCGCGGGCUCGUGCCUCGAGCAGCCGCGCCGUGCAAGUGGAAAAGGAUGGUCGGCGUGGUGUGAGCAUCAAAGCCAACGCCCGCGAACCCGGCCCACCCCGCCGCCAACGACCCGUCAUCUUCAUCUCCGAGUACGAACACCACUCCAACGACCUUCCUUGGCGUGAAGCCCCCGUCGACUUGGUCCGCAUCAUCAGCGGCUCCGAUGGUGCCCUCGACCUGCAAGACCUUGAGGAACAGGUCAAAAAGUACCGCCGCCGCCCUCUCUUAAUCGGCUCCUUCAGUGCAGCUUCCAACGUCACCGGAAUCAUCACCCCCGUCCGGGAAGCCGCCAAAAUCAUGCACAAAUACGGGGGCCUCGCCUGCUUUGAUUACGCAGCCUCGGCCCCCUACGUCCCCAUCAACAUGGGCUCCCGCGAAAACGGCGACGACGACUACCUCGACGCCAUCUACAUCAGCCCACACAAGUUUGUCGGUGGCCCUGGCUCGCCGGGCGUCCUCAUUCUUCGUCGCAGCAUCUGCACCAAUCUGGUUCCCGUCAUGCCAGGUGGUGGCACUGUCCUCCUUGUGGAAAAGGAUCUGCAUGUGUAUACCCAAGAGGUGGAACACCGCGAGGAGGGUGGCACUCCCGACAUUAUGGGCUCAAUCCGAUGCGGCCUCAUCUUUUCCAUCAAGCAGCGCCUCGGUCCGGAUUUUAUCGUCGCCCGCGAACGCGAGCUCAUUCGUCGCGCCAACGCGAUUUGGGAGCCCAUCGCCCACCAAAUGGUUUUGUUGGGUCCAGACACCGAGGAGAAGCUUACGGUGUCCUCCUUCCUUCUUCGAUGUGCCGGCAAAAUGCUGCACUACAAUUUUGUCGUUUCCCUUCUCAACGAUAUCUUUGGCAUCCAAACCCGCGGUGGCUGCUCUUGUGCGGGUCCCUACGUCACCAAACUGCUGCAGCCCACAGAUGACAUGACCAACUGGAUGCACCAUGAAGCCCGCAAGGGACACUUUGGUGCCAAACUCGGCUGGACGCGCUUGAACUUUCCGUACUUUUUCACCGACGAGCAAGCCGAUUACGUCAGCAAGGCCGUUGCCCUGGUUGCCGUGCAUGGCUGGCGGAUGCUCAAGCACUACAACUUUGACGUUGUCACUGGGUUUUGGACGCACAAGGACUUUACCCCAGCGCCGCGCCAAUCCCUACUCAACCUGUUCAACGAGAGCUCGGAGCCCAGCCGAGAUCCCUUGGCCGUGCCCGACUAUGACGCCUUGUUGCGCGAGGGAGAGAUCAUUAUGACCGGUGGAAAAGUUGACGAGUGGUCUGAGAUUUUGCGGCAGACGGAAAGCCGCCACAGUGCCGAUUCAGGGGUCAGUGUCGAUUUUACAGUGGACGACGAUUCCCCCCGCUGGUACCUGCUGCCCAGCGACAUGGCCAGUUUCAGCGUGACUCUGUCCUUCAACAAGAGCAAAGACCAGAGCGGAAACAGUUCCCAGAACAAUUCGCGUAAAUCUUCCACGUGGAACCCGCCCUCCAAGGCAACAUAUACGCCGGUCGCCCGGAAAGAUCGCAAAAAGGAACUUGAAUGCGCUGACGGAACCUGUCAGCUGGUCAUGUCCGCUCCCUGA